AUGUUUUGCGUGUCACCAGGAAAAAGGUUUCCGGUAUCACGUGGAAUGCAUCAUGCGUUCCAAAUCGCAAUCCGGAAGUCCGUAUGUAAGUCCAGAAAUAUAUAACAAUAGGAUUUAAAUAUGUAUGAGAAAGGCGGGGCCUGACCAGCAUGGCUGCCAGACGUGCAGAGUAUGAGCUCCUCAAAAAACUCUGGAAAAUCGUGCUCUAAUGAUGGAAUACUACCCACAGACACUACUCAAACGCCUACUUACCUGCUCCUGUACAGAGUGAGGACUCUCUGGGAAAGUUCGAAGCACCCCUUUACCUUUUGUGACAUGAACCCACAUCGGGGCCUACAAGCCUGCACAAGCAUCCGACAUACUCGACGUCUCGGUGGCCUGCCAAAGCACCUGAGGUGAGGGAGACAGCCGAUCCCUUAACCAAGCUUCACUCACACUUGGACCAAGGUCCUGUUCCCCCCCCUCUGGGCCGGCGGGGGAUAUCCCGGCCCCCACUGGUGGAACCUAGCGGCCUUGUCGGCGUGGCAAUACUCUUCUACAGAGGUCGGUAGGGUCGAGGCCUACCUACUAAAAUGGCCGCCAAGCCAGGACCCGCUGCUUCACCGAACCCUUCACAGCCUCCUCACCCUGUCGACCCAUUGCUGGCAGCUUUUGACCGGCUGUGUGCUCAGUUCUGGGCAAAACUCUGUGACCGCAAGCUACACACCACUCAUGCAUCAGACCCGCCCAAGUAUACUCACCGCCGCAACGCUGAGGGGACUCCCCCAAAUCGUGUCCGCAAACGGAGGCGUAGGAGGAUCCCACGACCAUCCCAGGAGCCCCGGCGAGCAGGCACUCCAGCUGGUUGCAAUCUGCCGGCACCACGAACCACCAAGGGACUUCCCCCCAGGCAAAACCUGCAUAGCCGUCAAGCUCCCACUUCACACCGCUGGCAGCCUAACGAGGAAAGUACCCCAUCGAUUUACCCAGCAGGCAGACGUGGCCAGACUGUAGCAAACACAGCACCUGAGUAUGAGGAGGCACGGAGCCGGCGGAUCGGCCUGCUACUCUUAACCAGACUCCAGCUUGUCAAGGACAGGGCCUCUCCCUCUGCAGGCAUCGGCUGA